AUGGACACUCGAUAUGCACCAAGGAAUAAGAUUGCAAACGGCUUGAAUGCGAAGUAUGAUAUGUCGGAAAUGCAUGCAGCGAUGAACGAUCUUCUCGAUACUUUGGAGCCUCUCGAGAUCGCUGGCUCUGAGGCUUGUCUCCGCUGGCUGUAUCAUCAUUCAGUCUUGCGUGAGGGAGACGGAGUCAUUUUGGGCGCCAGCAAGAUACCGCAGAUUAUGCAGAACCUGACCGCUAUAUCGAAAGGACCCUUGCCGACGGAAGUGGUGCAGAAAAUCAAUUUGCUCUGGGAGAAGCUCCACUAG